GUGAAUCUGCGGUGACUCCGUAGGCUGGCUCUGAGGAUGCGGGAUCUGGGCGGUUUAUUAUAAACCCAAUAAAGAGAUCUGAGCCCUUCGUUGAAAAUCCCAUCCCCCAAAAUCCCUACCCUUCUCUCUUCUUUCCCGCUCAGAUCGCGCCAUCACCGACCCCUCCUCCUCACCACCGCCCGAAAGCGCCGCCGCCCAAGCUCGGCCAAGCCCUCGACGUCCCCUAAAAGCGUCGCCGCCGUCCCCUUGCCCUAGCCAUCACCUCCCCUCCUCCUCUCCAGCUCCCGAGAUCGCCGCCGCUGAGCGUCGCCGCCGGGUCAUCGCCGUCUACUCCUCCUCGCCAUCGAGCUCAGCCCUCGUCAUCAGCCACGCCUCCGACGGCAUUCGAGCUCAGCCCUCAGGUUCAUCGCCGCCUCCGGAGCUCGACCAAGCCCUCGACGUCUGCCCUCAUGGCUUCGAACAAAUUGAAAGAGUCGACGUCUUCGAAUUCUUCAAAAUCAAAGCCUACCUCUUCUAAAUGCAAUAAUCCUCCAACUUCGGCUAAGAUAACACACUUGAGAAUUCCGGCCAAUUUGUGUUAUUUUCGAGAUUUAAUUGAUAAGCGAAUAAAAUUAGAUGAAAGACACCUAAAAGCCCUACAGACGACACCUUUUCACAGCUUUCUCAAUAUACCCACAUCCUUGAGCAAUGAGCAAAUAGCAAUUGAUUGCUUGAUUCAAAAUUUUAAUCCUGAUAAAUGCUCAUUCAUGAUUGGGAAUAAAAAUUGUGUGUUCGGUAUAGAUGAUAUUCACCGAAUUACCGGAUUGCCAAAGGAGGGAAUUCCGAUAAAAAUGAGUGGGGCAGCGGCUAAUACAAUCUACACCUAUUUUGUAAAGAAUUAUAAGAAAGCCGAUGAGGAAAAGAAGGCGGUGAUUUCGGGGAAGCGCGAUAGAAUGGCCGAGAUGAUUGUAGAUAUGAUUAAUGAAGACCCUAUAAUAUGUGUGAAACUUAUUGUGGCUUUCAUUAUCGGCUUCAUAUUAUGCCCGCGGACAUGUAAGACAUGUCCCUUGUGGGCGUUUAGAUAUGCGGAGCAGUUAUCAACUUUGCAUAAAUAUAAUUGGUGCCAUGCGGUGUUCACUCUUCUUUGCAAAGAGAUGAGUAAAUCAAAGAAGUCUCUUAGUAUGCGGGAAUUAGGUCAGCGCUCAAAUGCCGGGUACAUGGGUGGUUUUUCCUCCGUUUUACUGGUUUGGUUUUAUGAAAAAGUAGGGGAAUUAGAGUACACUUCAGAUAUUGAAAGGUUACCGCCGCUCUUUUGUGUGAAGAGUACUGGAAAGUGGAGGAGGACUACUAUGAACAAAUUAUAUAGAGUCCCGAAGUUGGUUACGGAUAAUGGCCAAGAGAAUACUCCUCUUAUUCAUACGGCAUCGCCAAUAGUAUUUGAAUCAAGGAAAGCUGAAUUAAUUUUCUUAAUUGCGGAGAAGACGUACGAGUUGAAUGAGCUCACUACAGAAUUACGAGAAUUAGAAGAGCGUAGUGCUAGAUGCCAAAAAAAAACCAAGGAGAAAGAGGAUGACGGAAAUGUAACUGAAGAAAAAAAAAUCAAAGAGGAUAUGGAAGCUAAGGAAUAUGAGAAUUUGGAAGGAACUGGGGAAGCCGAUUUAUGUGAUGACUUUGUGAUGAGCGCAAGAGACGUGAGAAUUUUAGAAGAUGCUCGAGAUGUUUCUCAAAAAGAUGAAGGUGGUAAUGAGAAUAACAGAGAAACGCCAUCUAUCAAACGGGCUGUCGGAAAGAGGGAGAGGAAGGAUGGACCCUCUGUUACUUCACCUUAUAUGCCUCUAGAUCAACCAAAGGAAGGCACAAAGAAGAGACGUGUCAUCCAGAUAUUGGAUAGUCCUGAUGGGAAAAAAAGUACAAAAAUGAAGAAGGCUUCAUACCUACAUCUAGAGACUAUCCAGGUAAGGCACUGGCGUUUGAUUAUGAGAACAAAUUAAUUGAAGACUUUCUACAAUCGAGAAUGAACAGUGAUACGUACAUUUGGAAGUGUGCCGAAGCAAGCGUAUCUCGCUUAGAUGCUUAUAUACUAUUAACGGGAGGUGAACUCAGUGACGAUGUGAUCGAUGCAUUUGUUAUUCGGCUUUGUAACAAGAUUGAAACAACUGAUAGUUAUGAUCGAAAGAUACAUGUCACAAGACCUUGGCUUGCAGUAAGUAUAUCCUUGUUUUUUUCACUAAUUGGUGGAUAUUAUUAUUAUGUUAUCCCACAAUGUUGACAUUAUUGCAUCUUUUAGCAAGCAUUUCUAGAAGGAAAUCUUGAAAUGGUGGCAAAACGAAUGAAGGAAAAUGUUUCUCAGCAGAAGUUCUUGGAGUGUGAAAGAAUUCUGAUCCCGAUUGUCAGCUCCGGACAUUGGCACCUGGUAGAGUUAGUGAGAGAGGAGACAAAAUUCUAUCACUACUCCUCAAUCAACUCCCCCAUUUAUACCGCCGAUGCUGUGAAAUUUAUAAAUAAGUUUAUGAGUUUCAUUGAGAGUAAUUGGGGAUUGGGGAAAUUGGAGCAUCAUGGUCUUGUGUCAGUUGCCGUGCCACAACAAGGACCAACGUUAGAUUGCGGGAUCUUUAUGAUUGAAUUCAUUAACAGCAUUGUCGAAAAACGGUCGAUAACAAUUUCAAAAGGAGAUUGUGCAAAAUAUAGAGCAAGGUUUUGUGCUGCUCUUUUGUAUGCACGCGAUUCACCUUUUUUGUAAAUAUUAUUUUAAUUUUCUCCAAGGUUUUUGUUGUGUAUUCAAUGUUGUAAGUAUGUUCAUGUUGUUAAUA